AUGAUCACAACGAUAACAGCUGGCGGUAUCUUCUCGGACCGCGCACCUCUCUGCCCACCCCCACUCACCAUCCAGAAAAAGUCGCGCAAAGCAACUUUUCGACGGCGAAUAUUUCGUAAGUCAACCCCUACCUCCAGCGACGACCAGUACGUGUUCGGGCCGCUAGACGAUAUCAUCGACGAGAUCAAAAGCGAUAUUUGGGAGUUACCACUCGACUAUAGCUUCGAGUCGUCCGUGUUUGGCUGGGAGCGCCCACUCAAAGCACCGUGGUCGUGGAGUGUAACACCUCUUCCCGUCAGUCGCACUCCUAGCGACCAUCCUCUGACAAUACGGAAGAAUAGAAACAGCCGCUCGUCAGCCUCAGGCUCAAGCCUAGGACAUUCGAUGGCGUCUCCGCGCAACAACAGCUAUGACGAGCCCGAGAGCGGCGGCCCGGUACGUUCCGUGCAUACCACUGAAUUUCCCCCCUGGCCCUCGAUCGACAUGCUGUCGAGCAAGGCUAUGCAUGCAUCCAAGCCUCCUGAUUUUGCUGCUGGCGCUGAACACAUGAGCGCACAACAGGCUCUUGAGAAAGUGAAUAGCAAACCCGAACACCGUGCUGAGCCUCCAAAGCGGCGUAUGUCCAAGUUGCGGCUUUUCACAAGUGGUCUACCCCUCUUGCGUCGCCAGAAUACCGGAGAUACGAGCGCUGGUGUUGGCGAUACGUCAGAUUCAAGCUCGCCAACGGGCACUACAUCGCUUGGAUUUCAUGUUGGGAUCGAGGAAGGUUCAUCGGUAGAGUAUCCGGGCGACGAAGCUGUCGAGGCUUACUUGCUACGUAAUGCCCGCAAUGGAGAGAAGUUCAGCUCCAUUAUGGGCCGCAUUGCCAAGCGUCUUCCUUCCCCUACGGACUUUGAUCACGAGACAUCCGAUGCACAAGUGUCAGGCUCAAGCUCACUAUUGCCGACUACUCUUCGGGCAGCGAUUAGACUGUUCCCAGAGGAAAAGCUUGUUACCGAGGAGUACCAAGAGCUCGGCGUCGCUAUUGAUAUCGAGGGUGUCCUGUACAACCGAACACCUCUGCCUGAUACCGGGAUCGAUGUGAUCUUCGUGGUAGACAACGGGUACUAUGUCACCACAGCUUGUCUGGAGAGGUCAUUGGACGUUGUCAAUGGAGCCUUGCAUCAUCUUGGCCAUGGAGAUCGCCUGGCUCUAUACACCACUCAUUGCACCCACCGUGAUGUCACUGGAAACAGGCCAGAGGUACUGUACCCACUUCAAUCCGUGUGUGCGGAUGUCGAAGAGAUAUUCCAGGAGUUGACGUCGGGGAUCGCACAGUCGGGUUCGCAGCUAUGGGACCCGCCUCGUCCCAACCCCUCCAUGACCGACGUCAUCCUUGGCAUAGCCAGGUCUAUGCAAGGCAAACACCUGAAGGCUGGUCUUACUCAUAUCAUCGUGCUCUCUCCUGUAGCCCAUGUUCUACACGACGUGUCGAAGACAUUUCCAGGCCUUUACAUCCAUCGCAUCAAUCCUGCGCUUCUUCCCUAUCGUCGCGAGCCAGAAUUUCAAGACAUCGUCUGCCUUGAAGAUUGCUGCAAGAAUGUGUUCGCCAGUAACUGGUGCAAGUACCAAUCCACCUCUGGUCGCAUCAAGCGCAUCUUGAAGAAUGCUCGGUCUGAGAAGCCCGUCGGCGAGCUGACUGACUUGAGUGUGGAAAUUCGGCCCAAGUCAGGCUGUGAGGUUUUGGAUGUUUACGGACACAAGGCGAUCCCUCAUUUGUUCCCAGGACAAGUUCACACACUCUUCACUCGCCUUCGCAUCAACAAGGCUGAGACCCAGAGUGUCAAGCUUGACUCCAACGAUCCUAUUCUCAAUUCGAGUUUAGACGCCAAUGGACUGAGACAGGAGCUACUAAACGCCGUCCGCAUGGGUGCAACUAAGGUCCACAUCCUAGACGUACAGGUACUACAUCACACUUCACUUCACGGUGCACGAUCCUGGAUCUACACAGAGAGUCCACUAAUUCUCACACGCGAGCUUGGUGGUCUAACACCUCCCCAGGAUACAUCCAUGGAGUUCUACAGGCGUCAAAUUUUCUUCAGCCUCGUCCAAGGGUCGGCAAAUGAGGCUAAAAUCAUGGCAGAAAAGACUCUUAGUACCCUCCCUGAGUAUCAUGAACAAGCAAAGAAGCUGCUUAAGCGCAUAGCGCAAGAAAUCGAGUGUCACAUCGCGAUCCGCGAGUAUGAGAAGAAACACCGACAGAGGCUUCCACUGUGCCCCGGUCCCAUCGAGAUUGAGGGACCCCACGAGUGGCUUGAUGAUGUGUGGGCACGCAAGAAGAAUAAGCGCAGCGGCGUAGAUAUGGCCUGA